AUGUCUUUGCAACAUCGACAUGUACUGCAUCGUUGCUUUGUUCUCGCCCAAUCAGAUGCCACGCUUCGACUGUUGGUCGGUGUCAGCCAAACGGUGCAAACGUCUGAGCGUCAACCAAUCAUAUCAACCAGUGAGAUCCCUCUUAUGACGUCUCCAACAUCCCAGCGUCCACUAUAUACAUACACCGUAACACCGGUAGCACCAGCGCCGACCCUUAUGGCUCGAAAGCCCGGUAUCUCUUUAAUUAGGAGCUUUGCUUCUAUGUCAUCUAUGAUGUCUCGCAUUCAUCGCUUCGAGAGUUCGAUGGAAAGUGUGUAUGGGAAUUUCUCUAACAUAGCUGAUCCCUCAACCUGGGUACCUCCGCCCAAGUCUGGCGGCCAUAGAGGGCGUUAUCUAUGGACUGACGCGUUCGGGGUAUUGAAUUUCCUGACAUUACACAAAGAGAAUCAAUCCAGUGAUGGAAAGUAUCUCAUGUUCGCCAAACGUCUUGUUCUCACUGUCCACGACGUCUUGGGUCGAACCCGUGAUGGACAGUCUCGGCUGCCCGGUGCUACGGACGAGGAGCCACUCGGGGGUGGCUUGCGGAUUGGAAAAGAGUCGGAAACUGGAUCCGAUGGUGACGGACAAUAUCACCAUUACCUUACCGUGUGGAUGUUCGCCCUGAAUCGACUAGCAAUGGCCGCCGGCGAACCUGCAUUCAAUCGUCAAGCGGUGUCUUUGGCAAAAGCCAUCCACCCGCACUUCUUUCUCAACAGAACAUCCAGCCAUCCGAGAAUGGUGUGGAAGGUUGCAAUGGACCUCUCGAGACCCUUAGUGGCCAGCGAGGGAAACUUGGAUCCGAUCGACGGAUAUGUAGUGUUCCGGCUCUUACAAUCGUCAGCGUUGAACUAUGGUGGCGGCCCGGUCUUGGAGGAAGAGAUUGAUGAUUAUAAGAGAGUUAUGGCUCGAAAAGGGAAACAUUACGUUUCAAGCGACACACUGGAUCUGGGAAUGACCCUCUGGACCGCCCAUUGGCUCUCUGGAAGGGAGGAUUGGGCGACCGAUUUGGGCAACAGAUGCAUCCUUCAAAUCCGUGACCUAUUUGACCGCGAGGGAUACCUCGACACCCCGGUGCGCUUCCGUCUUGCUUUCAGGGAAUUCGGGACCUGUCUUGGAAUAGGCUGCAUGUUCGACCCAGGAAGUAAAAGCGAAGUUGCGCUUGAUUUGAAAUCUCGUUCCGAAGAGAUCCUUUCCCAAUGGGAAAAAUAUACCUCUUCAGCUUUGACGCCAGAAGAUCUAAAGCCUAUCACAAGGGUAAUGAAUUCCACGGCAUUGAUCCCUGGAGCAUUCAAAGCCGGGUUUUUUGGCCGUGAGCCGAUCAGAGACCUGGAGGAAGGUAUCCCUAUUAUGCAUCUCCACGAGGGAGCAGUUCUCGGGAGGAUGUAUAUCGCGUACACGGUAGCCAAUGCAAUAAGUAGCCCAGAGGCCUGGGGCAAAGCCGUCACAGUCAGCAGUGAUACAGAUGAAGUCGUUGAGUCGACGGAUGCGGUUAACACGGCUUACCUUUUCGAAAAACGUAUGGAACCAGAUCCCUGUCAUGAGUAA